CCAGCUCCGCCCCCCAGCCCUCAUCUGACAGCUGCCAUUGGCCCUCCUUUUGUCCCAUGGUGGCCCCAAGGCCCGCCCUCUCGCUGCUAUUGGCUAUCCUGGCCUGCACCGGCCCGGCCCGGCCCUCCCCCCCCCUGCUGCUCCGCCCUCGGGACCGCGAGAGGGAUUCGGGCGGAGUCAACAUCGCCGUGGUCCACUCCGGCUCCUCCAUCCUCCCGGACACGGCGGUCCCGGGCGGGGCCGGCUCGGGGGAGCUGGGCCCCGGGCUGGGUAACGGGCCCGGGGGGGGGGGGGGCCGGGGCGGGGGGUCACGGGGGCGCUGACCGGAGGGGGCGUCGGCGGCGUGGCGGGCGUGGCCUCGGCCAGCGUGGCACUGGCGGCCCUGGUGGGGGAGACGGUGAUGACACCGUCGGGCCAGGCCAACGUCAUCUACCUGGCGGUCAACGAGAGCAGCCCGGGGAGCCUGCUGCUGCAGCUGUGUGAGCUGCUGGCCACCACGCCCCUACAGGGAUUGGUGUUCGAGGAGGAGAGGCCCCCGCCCCCAAACCGCGCCCCCCUGGCCCCCCUGCUGGAGUUUGUCUCCGCCCAGACGGGUGUUCCCGUGGUAGCGGUGGGGGGCGGGGCCAGCCUGGGGAGGGAGUCCCAGCACGCGGCCUUCAUCAGGGAGCAGCACUACGAGUGCUGCUCUUCAUCGCAGCACUCGUAG